AUGUACAACGAGUUUGUGGACGAGUACGAAAGUUAUCCCCUUGAGGCAGCUGAGAACUACCAGUAUGCCGACAGGUUAGAGGAGUAUGGGGAACGAGGCCACUACCCGACCUACUCCAUACCUGAAGAGGUCAAGAAAUACAUUACUUACUUCAGAGAUGCGAUAAGGGAUGGCAAUGUCUACGACAUCCCACCUCUUUACGUUGACUUUAACCGCUUGACUGAGGAAUACUACAAGACACAGUCAUGGCCAGAUGUUGAGGACCUGUAUGGCAACAAGCUGGUUGAGCAAGAAGGCCGGGAUGACAUUUUCCUUAUCCUCUACCGAGAGUUAUAUUAUCGGCACAUUUAUGCUCGAGUGCCAGGAGGCCCUACCAUCCCACAGCGGUUUGAGUCAUACUAUAACUACUGCAAUCUCUUCAAUUACAUUCUCAGUGCAGAGACCCCAGUGCCUCUAGAAUUGCCUAAUCAGUGGCUCUGGGAAAUCAUUGAUGAGUUCAUUUACCAGUUCCAGUCAUUCUCCCAGUUCCGUUCCAAGCUUGGCAAGAAGAGCGAAUCUGAAAUUGAAAUGUUAAAGGAAUCUCCUAAGAUAUGGAAUGUUCACUCUGUUCUGAAUGUUCUUCACUGCUUGGUUGAUAAGUCUAACAUCAACAGGCAGCUUGAGGUAUACACAACAGGUGGAGACCCAGACAGUGUCGCAGGGGAAUUUGGCCGGCAUCCUCUCUACAAAAUGUUGGGAUACUUCUCCCUGAUUGGACUCCUGAGGCUUCACUCUCUUCUUGGGGACUAUUACCAGGCUAUUAAGGUUUUGGAGAACAUUGAAUUGAAUAAGAAGUCCAUGUAUUCACGUGUGCCUGCCUGUCAGAUAACCACAUACUACUAUGUUGGUUUUGCAUACAUGAUGAUGCGCAGGUAUGCUGAUGCCAUCCGAACCUUCUCCAAUAUUCUCGUGUACAUCCAGCGCACAAAGGCCAUGUUCCAGACAAGGAAUUACCAGAAUGACCAGAUUAAUAAGCAGACUGAGCAGAUGUAUAUCCUCCUUGCCAUCUGCAUGGUGCUUCACCCCCAGAGAAUUGACGAAGCAGUGCAGUCUUCAUUGAGGGAGAAAACUCUUGCUGAGAAAAUGUCUCGCAUGUCUCGUAAUGACACCGCAGAAUUCACUGCCAGCUUCACUUUUGCGUGUCCCAAAUUCUUGAGUCCUGUCCCUCCUCCAUUUGAUGCUACAUCUGCCAACUACCAUAAAGAACCUUUCCAACAGCAGCUUAAGGUUUUCUUAGAUGAAGUACAGCAACAACAACAAAUUAGUGUGAUGAGAUCGUAUCUGAAGCUGUACACCACAAUGCCCAUGGAGAAGAUGGCUACGUUCCAAGAGAUGAGUGAAGAUGAUUUCCGCAAUGCCCUAUUGUGUUUCAAGCACAAGAUGCGUAACAUGGUGUGGACAAAGGGCACCUCUGGACUACAGGGAGACUUCCAAAGUGAUUCUGAGGUGGACUUCUUCAUAGAUAAGAACAUGAUUCAUAUUGCUGACACCAAGGUCGCUCAGCGUUAUGGAGACUUCUUCAUCCGCCAAAUUCACAAACUGGAGGAGGUCAACAGGUCCCUCACAAAGGUGAAGGUCUGACUGGUAUUUUCCCCUCAAAAGGCAAAAUACACAAAGAAUGUGGUGAACUAGGAAUAGCAUAUUUCCUGGUUUGACACAUUUUGUAAUUUGAUAUCUUAAAGAGAAAUGGUAGGAGAGAAUAUUUUUUUAUUUUUUUUCUUAUCCUUUUACAUCAUUAUUUCUCAAAAUUACAUGUUUGUGGUGACUGAAUUAUUUCUAUUACUAUCUCUCUCACAAGUGACAAACCAGUUCAAGAGAAGUCUGUAUUUUUCCAUGUAACAUCUGUGAAAAAUAAAAAGACCAGUGGUA